AACCACCAGCAGCUGUUGAACCGUCGACACAAACACUUCUUCUCCUGCAGGAUGUCGAUGCAGAUCAGCCUGAGAGUGAAGGUCCCUCUGACGCUGAUUUUCUUUCUCUCCUCCAUGUGGCCCCUGGCCCCCGCAGUGGCCUUCCAGCUGCCGACGUGUCUUCUCAUCAAGCAAAUGGUGUCUCUGGAGAAGGAGGGCUGUCCCAAGUGUCACACCGUGGAAACCACCAUCUGCAGUGGACACUGCAAAACCAAGGAUCCCGUCGCCAAGAUCCCCUUCCUCAACAUGUACCAGCACGUGUGCACGUACCAGGAGCUGUACUACAAGACGUUUGAACUUCCGGACUGUCCUCCAGGCGUGGACCCGACCGUCUCCUACCCUGUGGCCGUGAGCUGUUACUGCGGCCGCUGUGCGCUCAACACGUCCGACUGCACCUUCCAGAGCCUGCAGCCAGACUUCUGCAUGAACGACAUCCCCUUCUACGACUGAACGAUAAAAACACUGGAACCGUCCAAAUGUUUAAGAAAAUAAAGAUCUUUACAUUCACC